UAAAACCCCGAGGCCCAGACAAAGCUCACCCUUAACCCUCGUACCAGCAGCACUCAUCACCCGUGGAGCCGAAUCUGCAGCCAUGCGAAACCUUUACUGCGCUCUCCUGCUCGGUCUGCUGGUGGUCAUCUGCCUUCAGUCGUUCGCCGCAGGCAACAAUGGAAAAUCGCCAGAGGAAUGUUGUUUUAAUUUCUUCAAAAAACCGGUCCCAGUAAGAUCCAUCGUGUCCUAUGAAGAAACAAGGGAUGACUGUCCAAAAGCUGGAGUCAUCUUUAUCACCAAGAAAGCUGCUCGCAUCUGCGUGGACCCCGGCUUCAAGUGGGUGAAGCGAGCCAUAGACCAGAUUGAUAUUAGAAAUGUGGAAAGUUCCACAGGUGAAUAAAUCCCGUCUGGAUUAAUGUCCAAUCAGCAUGUGUUUUCUUGAUGGGAUGCACUUUUCCUCUCCUUAUUACAGUAGCGCUAGGAUGGUCUCUGCCUGGACCAGAGAAUAAAGUGACUUAUAAGAAAAAGCUUUAAACAGAAAGCUCACGUGACUCUGUCACUGUCUAACUGUGUUAAAUAUGUGCUGCAUUUAGGAAUUUUCUUCUUUUCUUGUACACAGCUUAAAAGUACAUUUCAUUACUGUCACUGCAAAUCUUUUCUUAAAUAAAGAUACUUUUGAGGAAAACAA